AUGCGCAGUAGUUGUAGUCUCCGACGUGGCGUAUACCAUAAUGCGCCUAGCGUUUAUCCAUUUGUUAAGCCUUUUCACGAUACUCCUUAUGACGAGGAUAGGAGCCGGCAUGAUGUUUUAAAGCGGAGAUUGCGUAAAAACAACUGGCCUGAGUGGAUGGAUAAUGGUGCUGAUGGAACGGGAUACGGAAUAGGACUUCAUCGGGUGCACCCGCUAUCUAAGUUGCGUGGCAACCUUAAAAACAGCCCGACUCACAUCCCGCGUGUUUUGAGUAUGAUGAUACAAGGUGUUUGGCAUAAAAGUGGGGUGAAGUUGUAUUUUCGUGGAGGAAAGCCACCGAAUCCGAGUAAACAUCCAUAUCUAACAGGAGAGCCCUGUCCUGUUUAUGGGUGGAGAGUAACAGAUGAAUCUGUUAUUAGACAAUUUAACAUGCCAAGUGUCGACAGCGCGAAAAUACGAUACAAACCCUAUGUUGCUUUGCAGGAAAGAAAGAUUAUGGGCCUGAAGGCACCUGCACCGAUUGAGCCUUCCAUGCCAACGAAAGGCACUGAAACUAAACCUUUGGUUAAAAGGCUUUUCUUUUGGCAGUGA